GAGUUCAGUCGUCAAAUGUAUUUUCAACUGCAAGUAUCGAGUAAAUGUGGGGAUGAAGUGGUGCUAAAUUGGCCAGAAUUAUCAAAAAUGGGAAAUUCUCCAUCCCAGUCGUCGGGUUUUCAUCCUCCUCCGCAGAAUGCAGUUCCUCCUGCGCGUCCCCCAAGUGGUGGUGGUGGUGGUCAUCAAAACGCUACUUCGGGGAGCCUCAACAGCAACAAUAACAGAAAUAUUUCCCCUAGUUCUGAAGCUACCAUGAAAAACCUGAGUGACACAAAUUAUGACCCAUCCUCACCACGUCCAAAUUUCAGUUUGUCAUCAUUAGCAGAUCGUAACUUUUCAUGGACCCCGACAUCAAAAGCGUCUCCAUUGGAGCAAGGACCUCACUCGAUUGAUUCCCUCCUCGUAGUGGACACGAACCUUGCCAGCACUCGGACAGGCGACUUUUCACCGUCCUCACUUUCACCGGACAAUAAUAUGCAGAAACGUUGCCCUCUUCCGUUUCAGUGUCAGCAUAGCCGUGACAAUUCAGGAAUUAUGGUCCAAUCCGGUUACGAAGUUCGGGACGAUAAUGACGUUCUCACCCAUUUUUAUGACGACUCGCUCGAAUUACUCCCACAACCGGAGGAUGAUAUACAAACUGAUUCUAUCCUUAUCCAGGAAGAAAAGUGUCACAAUGUCGAGGAGAAAGUUGACAAUAUUAAUAACGAAGCACAAAGUAACUUCAAUUUGGACCACGUCAUACCAAAACCUGAGAACCCAUCUGACCAAAACGAACCAACUGAAAAUGCCAUCAACAUUUCUACUACGGAAACUAUCCUGCGGGGCAGUCCUUCCAGUUCAGGUUUCAUUUCCGAUCUGGACCCUGCAUCACUCCUGACAAUUUCAGCGGGUUUAACCCAACCAGAAAUUUGUCCUCUUAAUAAAAUCCCAUCUUCUUCCCCAUCCUCCACGCCCCCUGCUUUGGUGCGUGACGAUGAAAAUGUGGCGAUGAUUGAUGAGCUGCAUCGAAGUCAAGAUAGUAAUCGGCAAGAUGAUGUUAAUAGUUCCGCUCCCAUAAUUACGCAAACAUUAGCACCACCACCGCAACUUGCCAAACACCCAGAAGUGCAACAAGUGCAACUGCAACAAGUGCAACAAUCAAAAUUAAGAGAAAGUGAACCAGAAACUAAACUCUUUUUGAUAAGUUCUACUUCGAAUGAAGAAGACGAGAGGAAUAAUAAUAACGCGAGUCUGAAUCUCAUAAAUCUUGAUCAUGACAUAAUUCAAGGGAUUCAUAAAGAGGAAUCCAACCAAGAAGUUGUACCAGUAAAAGACAAAUACAUUUCCGUCGUCCAAAUCAUGACUGAUGACACUGUCACCACUACAAUUACGCACGUUGACGAAGCCGAAGAACCAGAUAAUGAUAAGCAUGACACCACAAAUACCCCAUCACCAUCACCACCACCCCUAAAAACCCUUGGUACCCCUGACCCCACCGUAUUCACAGAGAUCGACCUCGACCAAGAUUCCGAUGCAGAAGAUUUUCACCAAAACCAAGGACGUGCUAUCCCGAUCCCACCCACGACAAGAACAACUAAACCACCCCUCCUCGAAUCCGAAUCUCUCCACGAAUUCGAAUCUCUUGAAGAACUCAUAAAAAAAGAGGACCAGAUUUCCUCCACGGACAAUAACUACGUAACCCGUGUCCCCGUAAAUUACACCAGUCUCGGCCUAAUUAUUCCAUGCAAUCCUCCUCCUCCCCCAGCAGAAUUUCAAACUACUCAGCCUGUGGAAACAAAGGAGGAAGAAGAAAUUGCUCCAUCUUCACCUCACCUUAACAGCGAUGACAAUAUUAAAUGUUCUUCCAGCAACAGCAGUCUCAACACCAACACCACCACCACCACUUCCAUUAGCAACAAGAGAAAAGUGCAGUUUGCAAGUGAAAUGACCUCUCCGUCUCGUAAUCAGUAUCAUCAUCAUUCGGCAGCAGUAGCAGCAGUUCCCACCACUGCAAUCAGUCCAAUUCGUACCUCAUCGAGGAAGCAGGGCACAACAAAUUGUCACCUGCUGCCCAAAAAAAAUUCUAAAUUUGUAAAUAAAUCUCCCCCCUGUGCAAAAUCAGAGAACGAUAUGAAUUUCUUGGGCCUUUUCGGGAAUAAAGAAUUGAAGAAGGUUUUCCCUGAAACGGCGACCCCAUCGUCGACCCCAUCCGCCGCCUCUCUUGUCAGUCUUUCCUCCUCCACCACUCCUACUCUUCCGCAGGGGGAUGACUCCCCCCGGAUUUCACAUGAAAGAGGGGAUUUCAAUGUCGUCGACAACUCUUGGAGUGGAGGAACAAUGAUAAGUAAUACGAAUUCUAGUCUCAUUACUAGUCGUUCGGAAAGUUCUUGCAAUGGAUCAGGUGAUCGUGGGCAAGAUCGUUUUGGUGAAGUACCAACACCAGAAGAAAAGACUGAAGAAAGUAGCCGGCUUUUUAGCGAAUCUGUCUGCUAUGGACGUGACUUUGCUCACAUAUUUUCGAACCACUACCCGGAGGAGGGUUGUUUCAUGAGGUUCUCUCCACCCCCUGUAGAACAGCACAUGACGCUAAGGCCUUCCUCCAACCGUCGGGCCGUGGCGCCAGAAUUAGAUCCGGCAAGCUUUGCCAACCUCGAUAACGAAGGGUGGGAAGAACAGAGGAGGCUUGAAGAAGAGAGGAAGCUCGAAAAAAAGAGGAAGUAUGAAGAGCAGAUGGAGCUCGAAGAACAGAAGAAGCUUGAAGAACAGAGAAUGCUAGAAGAACAAAGACUUGAAGAACUGAGGCUAGAAGAAUUUAGGAAGCUCCAAGAACAGAAGAGGCAGGAAGAAAUAAACAUGCUUGAAGAACAGCGGAAGCUCUUCGCCGAGAAGGAAAGGAGGGUCGUAGAACAAAAUAUGAUUGAAGAACAGCGAAAGCUCGACGCCGAGAGGGAAAGGAAGGUCGCAGAGCAAAACAUGAUUGAAGAACAGCAGAAGCUCUUCGCCGAGAGGGAAAGGAGGGUCGCAGAACAUAGUCGGGUUCUUGCCGAGUAUGAAAAAACACUGGGGAUGUACUCUGAAAAAAUCGAGGAUUUGAAGAGAGAGCUCGAACAAUCUGAUAAGGACCGAUGUUUAUUAAUUAAGGAGAGAGAUCUCGCCAUAGAGGAUUUAAGUAAUGUCGAGAGUGCCUUUUCUGAUGUUCAUAGGAAAUACGAACGGUCUAAAGGAAUUCUCAGUAACUUGAAGGAAAAUGAAAAUCGGUUGAUAGCCCAUGAGGAAGAAUUAGUGCAAAAAAUUGAAAAUCGAGACAAAAAGCUGUCCCUGUACAAGGAGAAAGCUCAAGAAAAGUUGGAACAAAUGUAUCAGGAUUAUGAGCACAAAAUCAAGGACGUAGAAUCCGAAAAUACCCGUCUUCGAGCCCAGUGUCGCCUACUCGACAUGAAAUUAGCCACAUUGGAAAACGAUGUAGAGCAAAAGGCCAAAGAAAAUUCUCAGUUGAAUGCGUUAUGCAAUGAACUUAUCGCUGGCCAGGGGGCGAGUAACAACAAUUGAAACAAGUGACGAAAUUAACAAUAACUAACGUAUCCGAUUUCUAUUAAGUAAUGAAUAUUAUUCUAUCAUACAAUUUUAAAGGUCUAAAUUUAUUAUGUAUUCCGGUUUUAUGGGAGUGUCCGCUUCAAUAGUUUUAUUUACCAUUUUUCCAAGAAUGUAAAACAAACGCUCUGGUUGUAAUCCUUUGGGGUAUGAUACUUUGACAACUAUAUUAUCUAUAUCAAGUAGAUCUCCUUCCCGUAUGGUGUCUACGGCGACGAGAGACUUCCCCAAUUUGUCAUUGCACGGUAAUUCUGAAGCCAAAAUUGUCUAAAUGAAAAUAAACGCGUAAUAAUGAAAAUGAAAAUAAAUUUAUAAAUACCAGUA